AUGAUUUUAGCCAUUGAUUUAUCAAGAUGCUAUGUCAUUUACAAGUUACCAACAACUUUUCCGCUUGCAAUAUACCCGAUAGAAAAUAAUUAUAUUUUUGAUUUUCCCUGUGCAGGUUUUGGAGUUUGGAGUAGAUAUUUGCCACUAAGUUCUGUUAUUUAGAUUGGAGAGAUUGGAAUACUAGAUAGUAGUUGUUUUCAUUUGUUUAGAAUAGAAGAUAGGAUGACUAAGGAUUUGUAUUUUGUAUUUUACGAAUGUAUAAAUCUUGAGACUAAAAUAAUUUAGAAAUAUUUUUAAUUUUUAGGUUUUGAUGGUAUUAUUUUAACAGAAUACAUACCAAUCAAUCAUUCAUCUUAUGAAUAUGUUUGGUAUUUUUAGGGAUUCUUCACCGCACCUUCAGAAACCUUAGUUUCUAUGUAUAUAUAUCGGGAGAUGAAUUAAAUUUUUAAUAAGGAAAUUUAAUUAAAGUUCUAAUUUAAAGAAAAAAAUAAAAAUUUAAUUAUUGGAGGGGAUCUAAAAGUAAGUUAAAACUUUCCUAUUCAUCAAUUCUCAUAUUUUCCAGGAUAAAUUAAAUUUAUCGAGAGUGGCUUUUUUACUGAGCUUGAUUCAUUUUAAGAAAUCAUAGAAAGUAAUAAAAAUGAAAAGUGUUUUUGUUAAAAUAGUGCAAUAAUUAAAAUACCAGAUGUUAAAAUAGAAAAUUAAGAUUAAUAUGAAUUUAUAUCCCAAAAUACUAAUUGUUAAUAGUUUUUGUUUUCAGGAUGGGUGAAAAUUAAGGGAAUUAAUUAAAUUAGAGAUGAAGUUUAUUUUUAAUUGUUUAAACUAUCAAGUAAUUAUCAAAAUCCUAAAUUGGUUUAAGCUAAUUUAUGUCCUUUUUAGUUAUUUUAUAAAAUAUCAUCUAAUAACAAUCAAAUAAUCAUAACAACCUAUAGUUAUACUUUUCCAUCUUUAAAUAUUGAUUUUUAAAACAAUCCUUUUUUAAAGACGGAAACAUUUAAUAUAAAUUGGGAUAUUUAGUUAUGGCAUUAUAUUUUGGUUUAAAAGUUAGAUACUUAAAUUUAAAUUUCAAUAACAUUUUAUAUAGGAUUUAAUUAAGAGAAAUUGAGCAUGAACUUAGAAGUAAUUCAAUUUAAUAUGGUUUAAUUUAAAUUGCUUUAUGGCAAUAUUUUAUAAUCCAUCAAUUUUUUAACAAUCUAAAUUAUAGGUUUAAAAUUAAUAAAUUGUCCAAAUAUAAAUGAAGUAUAAAUUAGCUGUCAUCCAACUUGCAAAUAAUGUGAUGGUCCGACAAAAGAUGAUUGUCUAUCAUGUUUUGAAUAGUCUAAUAGAAGAUUAAUAUCUGAGCAUAAAGUUUGUAUUUGUGAAUAUGGAAACUUUGAUUAAAAUGAUGAAUGUGUAAAUUAUAAAACAAAAGGCAUUAAUUUAAUCCAUGAACAUCCUUAAAAACAAUCCUGUAAAUAUGGUUUUUUCGAAUAUGAUGGAGAAUGUUAUUAAUGGUAUUAAUUUUUAAUUAUUUGAGCCCAUCUAUAGUUAAUAUUAAUGUUAUUUCAUGUUUAGAAUGUGUGUAAAAUCCUAAAAAUUGGUCUUAAACUCUUUAUUGUGAAACAACAUUAAUUUCAGAUAAAAAUGGAAACACAUCUAAAUAUAUAAAAGAAUCUAAAUUAUACUAUAUAAUUUUAGGAGAUGAUUUAGAAUACUGCCCUGAUUGUCAAUUAAUUAAUCCUUCAUAUAAUCAAAUUGAAUCAAUAUUCUAAUUUAAAAAUUUUUGUAGUUAGAAUAAAUCAAUACAAAAUUAAUGUUAUUAAUGUGGAUUUAGAUGUCUUAAAUGUGAAAUUUUAUCAACAAAUUUGCAUUGUAUUAAGUAAGAUAUUAGUAACAAUUUUCCUAAUAGAAGCUUAAUUUAAAUUUGUGAUACUCCUAAUUUCAUAAAUUUUUAUAAUUAAUGUGUGAAUUGUGAAAUAAAAUAUUGUUAAUAUUGUUUCAAUUAUUUAGCUAGUGACCCUACAAAAACUACUUUCGGCUUUGAUACUUACUCACUUAUUGAUGAAGAGAUUAAAAUAGGAUGUGCUUAAUGUAAUGAAGGAUAUAUUUUUGAAUUCAAAACAGGAACAUGUAUUGAAAAGAAACCAAUUUAAGAAAAUUGUUUAAGAUCAUACAUUAAUUUUUAAAAUGAAGAAAUUUGUACUUUAUCUGCAAUUGAUGAUUUCAGUAUUGCUUUUGAAAUCAUUAAUUGUCAUAAUCACAUUCUUAAAUGUAAAUAAUGCAUCAAAACUUUUUAAUCAAAUAUUAAAUGUUUAAUUUGUGAAGAUGGUUAUUAAUCUUCUUCAAAAACAGGAAUUUGUUCUUUAUGUAUAAUUUAGGAUUCAAAAUAAUGUUUUGAAGAUAACAAUUAAGAAACUUGGAAAUGGUUAGUUCAAGGUUUCAUAACUAAAUUUUUACCAAAUUAACCUUUAGUUUAUCCGUCUUUAUAAAAUCCUAGGACAAUCGUCACUUAAUGCAUAGAAGGUUAUAAAAAGAUAAUGAAUAUGUGCAAACCAUAUUGUGAUGAAGUAUGUUCUGUUUGUUAAGGUGUUAAUAAUUAAUAUUUUACUUGCUCUAGAUGCAAAUUAAAUUAUUAUAAAGAUCCUAUUAGAUCUCAAGUUGAUGGAAAAUGCAUUUAAUGUCCUUCAUUAUGUUAACUUUGUGAAAAUAGACCAUUAAAUGAAAUAAAUGUAAAAAAAUAUAAUUUAUCUAGGAAAUAAACCCAUAUUUUUAAAUAACAACUGAAAAUUUAAUUUACACAAAUAGAUGCAUAUAAAAAAUCCCUUAAUCAUAAGUUGAAUUAGAUGCAGAAUUAAAAAUUGCUAAAUAUUGUUAUUAGAAUGAUUGUAGCUAUAAUUUCGAAUAGAUUUAUGUAUUUAAAUUUAUAUUUAUUUAGGAAAAAUUAUCAUGUAAUGACUUGAAUUAUAUCAAUAUAUUUAUAGAAAAAUAAUAUAACUAUUAAUAUUUUAAUGAAAUUGGUCUUUAGUAAUUUACUGAAAUACUUUAACUACAGGAAAAUUGCGUUAUAUUAAAUCCUGAUUACACAAUUCAGAAUAAUUUUAAACAAAAAAUCUUUUCUAUGUAAUUAACAAGAUUGAAGAUUUAGGGCACUCCAAAUCCCAUAUUAUUAUACAAAGAAUAUAGAUUGUAAAUUUUAUAAUUUGAUUAAAUCAUACUGAGCCAACUUAUAUUUUAAAUAAAAGAAUAGCUGGCUUUGACUUUUACGAAUAGAGAUUAAUCAAUUGAUUUAAAAAUUCUUGAUACUAAAUUUUAUUCCAUUUUAGAUUCACCAUCAUCAAUAUCUAUUUAAGCAGAGAAAUAUCUAAACUUUUAUAUAUAAAAUUUAGAAAUUUUUGACUUAAGCAUUUCAAAUUCAGUGUUUUUUAAUAUUACCUGCACUGAUCAGGGGGAUGACAUCAUUAUUACAAAUUUUUAACUUUAGAAUUGUAUAUUAACUAAUUCUACAUUAUUUUAAUUUUAAAGCACUAGAAGAAAAAUUAUAAUCAAAAAUUUUGCCAUAAAUUCUUGUCAAUUUUACAAUUCAUCAAUUACAAAUUUAAUUAAUUAAAAUGUUAAUUCAAAAUUAAUAUUUAAUGAAGUAUUAAUAACAAACUCUAUAUUUCAUAAUUCAAUCUUAAUAAAUUCUAUUGAUAAAACUACCAUAUCUAUCAAUUUUGUUUAAAUGAUUCAAAAUAUGAUGAUAAAUUCAAAAUUAAUAAUACUAAAUUAUAACUUGUAUUGUAAUGAAAUUUAUAUGGAGAAAAACGAAUUUAUUUCUUUUUAAUUUAUAUCAUAGAUCUCAUCAAUCUUUUUUAAUUAAGAAAUUGAAAUUAAUUAUCUAGAGAUUUAUGAAAAUACUAUAAAAAACUUUUCAAUAUUUAUUACUGAAUAAAAACAAUCAUCUUCAAAAGUGAACUUUUUAUUAUAAAACUUUUAUUUUGAUGAAAAUAGUAUCUCCUGUUCUUAAGAAUAAUAUCUUAUAGAAGUUAAUUGUUUUAAUUUAACUAUGUAAAAUAUAUUUAUAACAAGUACUACAAAUUAUCGAUUUAUAUCAUUAUUAGCUAUUCCUUAUAUAAGAAUUGAAAAUGUCAUUUAUGAGAAUUUAUUUCAGGAAUAUAAAGUUGGAAUAUCAUCUGAUUGUUUCAAAAAUUGUAUUUCUCAUUCAUAAUUGCUUUAAGUUUCUGGAUUUAAAAACAUUACCUUAUUUUAAAUUUAAAUAUUAAAUUCAUUUAGUAUUGAUUAGUCAAUUAUUUCGAUUUAAUCAAAUCCUUUGUUUCUGAUGACUAAGAAUGAAUAUAUUAUUAUUAAAGAUAUGAUAGUGAAAGGAAAUAUUCUAAUAAAAUAACAUAAAGGGAUUAUUUUUUCUUUAUUAGAAUUUUAUUCUGAAAAACCAUAAACUAUUGAAAUAGAAAAUUUAAAUUUUCAAGAGAAUAUUUUUCAUUAAUAUGAAAAAGACCCAUCUGAAUCUUUUGCAAGUCUUUUGUAUGCUGAUUCAGGAUUAAGCCUAAUUAAGUUAAAAAAUAUUAUUUGCACUUCAAAUUCUUUAACAAAUUCCUCAUCUUCAUAUAUAUAUUUAAUUUCAAAUGAAAUAUUUGUACAAAAUUUUAAAGUUGAAAAUCAUAAUUAUAUUGGUAAAGAAUUUUGGAUUAAAUAUUAUGAAAUUGAAUUAGAGGGAGAUUAUAAUUAAAAUGAAAUAUCUUAUAUUAUUUCUAAAACAUUUAAUUUUGAAAAUGUAGGAGGGGUUUUAUCAUCAGCAGUUACAAAAUUUACUUUUCAUAAUGGUGUUUUUAGUUUUUUAUAGACAUAAAGUAGCCAAGUAUUUAAAAUAAAUUUAUAGGGUGAUGGUAUAGUAAUUAUUUCUAAUUGUAAUAUCACUCAUGCAUAUAAUUCCUUAAUAUCAAAAUCUUAAAAUGAUGGAGCCAUUACAAUUAAUGCUAAAAAAAGUUUAUUAUCAUUAUAUGUUAAAAAUAUUACUUUAACAGAUGUUUUAAACAAACUUUCAUCAUCUAUAUUCACAAUAUAUUCAUCAUCAAAUUAUAAUUAUGUCCAAUUAAAUGAUAUAUUUGCUCUAAAUUGCUUUUCUUUAAUCAAUUAAAUAAUUAAUUUUGAAUCUGACUUUUAAAAUGUUUAGUUAAAUAUAGUAAAAAUAGAAAAUUUUAGGAUUAUUUAAACUGAGUAAGCUCUAAUAUCUUUCCUUUAAACUCUUGGAAAACUUAGUCUAAUUGAAAUGUAAAGAAUGAUUACCAAUAACGCAAUUAUGAAUUUCUAAGGAUGUUAAUUAACUUUAAUUAAAAUUCAAAUAGAGGGAAUUGUUUUAUCAACUAUAAUAAAAAUUACAGAUUCAAAAUAAAUUCUAUUGAAAGAUUCUUAAUUUAUUAAUAUUUUGAGUUUUUAUCCCUUGAAUUUAAUUGACAUAUAAUAAAGUAAUAUUUUAUAAUCAAAGGUUUGUCUUUAGAAAAAUAUGAUAAAAAAUUUUAAUGAUUUCAAAUUAAUUUAUUCUACUUUAACUUAUUUUAAUUAUAAUCAUAUUAAUUUGAAUUUGACUCAAUGUAAAUUAUAAAGUAUAUUUGUAUAAUAGAUUCCUGAAGCUGAAUUUUUAUAGAGUUUUUUUGAUGCUCUUUUGUAAAAUUCUAAUAAAAAUGGUUCGUUGAUAAAAAUAAACUGUGCUACAAAUGAAAUUACAAUUUAUUUCACUUAAAAUUCCAUUUUAAAUAACAAUUGUUCAUAUUGUUAAAAUGGCUUACUUUAUUUAGAAAUAAGUGAUUUUAAAAGAGCCCUAAUUUCAGAAUUAUAUUGUAUGAACAAUUAUAUCUAAAAUUAUGGUUGUAUAUUUGCGAAAUCAGAUUAAAUAAUUAAUAAUAAAUUAUUAAUUGAUUAUUCUAAUUUUAUUGCUAACAAUGGAAGAUAAGGAGUUGGUAUUUCAGUUUAAAAUUUAAAAGUUAAUUUUUCAAAUUCAAAAGUGCUUAAUAAUAAUGCUUUUUAUAAAGGAGGUGGAUUUUACUUUGAAGAAGGUUCUUAAAGAUUUACAAUUUAAUCUACUAUUAUUUGUUAUAAUUCAGCCAAAGAGGCUGGAGGGAUAUAUUUAAGUGGAAAUAGUAAAUUAAAUUAAAAUAAUUUUAUAUAGUCUAUACUUUUAUUUAAUACUGCUAAAUUAUCUACAAAUAAUAUUAAUGAAUUACCUAUGAGGUUAUCUUUAUAAAUUAAUGGAAAGGAAAUGUAUUCACAAGAAUAAAUAAUUGAAAAUAGAACCUAUUAAAUCUUAAAAUUAAGGCCUUUUAAAAUUAUAUCCUAAGAUAGCAUUAUAUCCACAAGUGUUCUACUUAUUCCAAGUGGUUAAUAAAUUUAUAAUUACUAACUUUAUAAUUCUAAGAUUUAACAAUAUUAGUCUUAUAUAUCUUAAUUAUCAAUUCUAUUUAAAAAUAGUAGAGAUGAACAACAAAUAAACUUCUUAAAUUCUUCUUGCAAUGUUAAUUAAUAAAUUUAUGAUAUUUAAUUGUAAUAAGUUAUUGAAUCUAAUAAUAUAUCAACAAUAGGUUUUAAUUAAGAAUAAAAAAACUUUAACCUUAGUUUUAUCGAGUUUAAUUUUGAUCCAUAUAAAUAAGAUAAUAAAAUUUAAGAAAUUAUUAUUUAUUGUAGUACUCAAAAUGAGGAAGUUAAUUUAGCUUAUAGAAUGAGAAUUAAUAGUUUCUUGUGUUAAUUAGGGGAAUUUUAUAUAUUUUCUGGUUGUUAAAAAUGUUAAUCUGAGUAAGGAUUUUAUUCUGUGACUUACAAUACUACCAAAUGUUCUAUUUUUGAUAAAAAUAAAUUUGAUUCUAUAACAUCUAAUAAAAUUUAAUUAAAGCCUGGUUUUUGGAGGCCAAAUUAAAUUUCUGACUUUGUAGAAUCAUGUUAUAAAAAUCCAAUUCAUUGUUUAGGAGGAUGGAAUAUAGGCAAUGAUCUUUGUUUUAAGGGGCAUAUUGGAGGAUUGUGUGAAGAAUGUGAUAGAUAUAAUAUAAGAGGAGAUGGACAAUUCUUUAAAAACUAAUAAUACAUGGAUUGCUAAAAGUGUUAAUAAUUUUCAUAAAGGAUAAUAGCCUUCUUUAUCAUUUCAAUUUGGUAAAUUUAAUUUAAAUUUAUGUUAGGGCAAUUAUUUCCACUCUAAUGACAAUAAAUAGUAUCGAAAAAUCGAAUAAACUAUUUGCAUAAUUGAAGUUGAGAUAAAAACACACUGAAAUUUUGUUUAAGCUUAAUUAAGGUAAAAUAUAAUUUAUUUUUAGAUCAUUAAAGUAUUUUACUUAAAUUAUAUCUGAAUUAUUUGUGGGUUUUUUCUCUUAUCUUUACAUUUAAUAUAUAAUUCACUUUUUCUUUAAAUUUUGUAAAAUAGUCUAAUGAUACUUCAUAUUUUAUGGCUAAUUAUUUUGAAUGUUUUUUAUUUGAAAUAUAAGAGAUUGAAUUAAUUUACAGUAGAAUUUUAGUAAUGUUAGGAUUAAUGGUAGCGUAAAUUUUCAUUAUCUUUUUUGGAUAUUUUCUAUUUUUUAAAUUUAUAAAAUCAAAGUUUUAAAGCAGAGUCAUAUCUAUUACAAUUUUGUAUUUAUAUAUCUAAAAUUAUGCAUCUUUGAUUAAUUAGUAAUAAUUUUAUUGUCAUAUUAGGUUUUUUUCAAUUCUGGCUAUCAGAAAGAUAUCUAAUUUAAAUUAUAUAUAAGGUGAUGUAUCCUUAAUUUAUGGCUCAUAAAAUCAUAUUUAAUGGAUAUAAGUAUUUGUAAUCCCUGGAUCUUCAUUAAUUGGAUUGAUUCUACCAUUAUCAUUAUUUUUCAUUUUGUACAUCAAUAGAGAAUAACAUAAUAAAAUACAAUUUCGAAGACACAUAGGAUAUUUAUUUAAUGAAUACACAAGGAAAAAUUAUUUUUGGGAAAUAAUCAAAUUAUGGAAGAAAACUAUCAUAAUUAUUAUUCUCAUCUAUUAUGAAACUGACAUAUUUUUCAAAGCUACCUUAUUAGGACUUUGUUUAUUAAUAUAUUAAUUAUUGGCUCAUAACUAUAGCCCAUAUAUACUUAAAAAAUUUAAUAACUUAGAUAUCUAAAGUGGUUAAUUGUGUUAAAUUGCUAUAUUUUUAGGGGCUAUUAAUUAUAUUAGUGAGUAAUAAGACUAAAAUAAUAUUUAAAUAAUCAUUUAAAUUUUUAUCAUUUUAGACAGCAUAGCGUUGAGUUAUCCAUUUAUUUUUAAUAUUCUGAGAGUUUAUUAUUAAAAAUACAGAUUAAGUAUUUUAUCAUUUCUCCUCUUAAUAUUUAAGACUUUAAAACAUUCCUCUAAAAUCACAAAGUUCUUGAAUCAAAAAUUAUUUUGCUAAAGAUAGAAAGAGGAAAAGGCUAAAAAAAAUAUUGAAAAAUUGUAAUAAUUGUUGCAUUCAAACGAUUUUGGAAGGCAAUUGUAAUUGUUUAAUUAUUUAAGUUCAAAAAGCCAUACAAUUUCAAGCCCAACAUCAAAAAUUAAACAGAUAUCAAUUAAUUUAGGAUCUACAUUUACAAAAGGAAUUUGA